AUGAGCCGCACCAUUCAACAAAUCAAAGAAUUGGUCGAAUAUCCCCUGGUGCGUCCCGAAGUCUACCGUCAUUUAGGUGUCACACCACCGCGGGGAAUCCUGUUGCGCGGACCACCGGGAACGGGAAAGACUCAUUUGGCCAAUGCCAUUGCCGGUGAACUGGGUGCUAUCGGUGCUAGUUAUUUUCGCGUCAGUGCCCCCGAAUUGGUGGCGGGCAUGUCGGGAGAAUCGGAACGACGCAUUCGAGAUUUGUUCCAGGCAGCUGCCGCAGCGGCACCCAGUAUUGUCUUUUUGGACGAAUUGGAUGCCAUUGCUCCCAAACGCAACAAUGAUUCCGGACGAGGGAUGGAAAAGCGCAUGGUGGCACAGUUGCUGACCAGUAUGGAUACAUCGCUCACCGAUGCCUCGGUGAUUGUCUUGGGCGCCACCAAUCGACCGGAUGCACUCGAUAGUGCGCUUCGACGGGCCGGACGAUUCGAUCAAGAAAUUGAAUUGGGUGUCCCCAACGAAGCGGCGCGAUGUGCCAUUCUCAAAACCAUGACGAGUGGAAUGAGAUUGUCGGGAGAUUUUGAUUUUACUCUACUCGCCAAGAAAACACCGGGUUUUGUGGAGCCGAUAUUCGGAGUUUGA